GCUCUUAAUAUCGCUCAUGCUCGCUAUGAUCGCACUGUUGACAUCCGGCUCCGGCAUGAUACGUGGCUACUUCGUGUUAUCCUACCUGUUGUCAAUAGUCACCCCCAUGUUCUUCGUCGCCUGGUCCCUACAUUGUUUCAUAUUUGGCUUUUCCUCUCAAAGCAUAAUCUGCCGCGCCGUCACUGUGCUUUGGAUGGUCACAUACGUCGUGAACAUGGGGACAAUAUUGAUAGAAAUUAUGUGGAAGUAUGCGGCAAGCCUCAAUCACGCUAGAUAUCACCAGUAGU